AUGUCCACUCCCUUCACUUUCUACGACCUCCGCAUCGCCGCUGGUGUUCCUGCCAGCCCGAACGCUUGGAAGAUUCGCUACACUCUCAACAUCAAGGGCCUACCGUACAAGACAACGUUUGUCAACUUUGUGGACAUCAAGCCUACUUUCCAGGCGGCCAAAAUCCCCCCUUCAGAGGGCGAGUUCUACACCGUACCUGCCAUCAUCGAUCCAGCCACCGGCGCGGCCGUAUCAGACUCUGUCAAGAUUGCCGUCUAUCUCGACACUCAGUACCCCGACACGCCCGCGGUUUUUGCGCCGGAGACCCGCGAGGCACAGACGAUAUACAUGAAGACAAGCCUGCAGCCUCUCUUAUUGACCGUCUUCCCACUGCUCGUGUUUGGCAUCUAUAACGGCCUUGACGAGAAGGACAAGGAGUACUUCCGCCGCACUCGCGAGGCGCGUUUCGGCCGUCCUCUAGAGGAGAUUGCUCCUCAGGGCGAGAAACGCGCGGCCGCACUCGCCGCCUUCGCCUCCGGGCUCGAGAAUGCCGCAAAGGAGGUGACAAAACACGCUGGCGAAGGAGCACUCUUCUUCGGGGGUGAUAAACCUUGCUUUGCCGACAUCGCUCUCGCGGCGUCUUUCAAGUCUAUCGUCAUCGGCAAUGGCCGUGAUGGCGAGGUGGGCAAGGUCAUCUUCGGUAACGAGUGGGCGGCCAAGUUCUACGAAGCGUUCGAGAAGUGGGCAUCCAUUGAGGCGUAG